AUGGCCGACGUUGACAUGGGAUCUGACAGGCGACUGGAUGCUGGAUCUAACGGCAAGGACGGCAACUCGUGGGCCGCUCGCUCCGUCGAGGGAUGGAUCAUUAUCGUGACCGGCCUGAACGAGGAGGCUACCGAGGAGGACCUCCAGGACCAGUUUGGCGAGUUCGGCGAGGUGCGCAACCUCUCGAUGGCUCUCAACCGUCGAACGGGUUAUGUCAUGGGAUACGCUCUCAUCGAGUAUGCGCUCAAGAGCGAGGCGGAGGAGGCCAUCAAGGCCACCGACGGCACCGAGUUCCUGGAGAAGAAGAUCCACACCGACUUUGCGUUCGCCAAGGCGCCCGCGGGACGUCGUGGUGACGGUGGCAGGCGGGGUGGCCGCGACCGCUCUGUGUCGCCUAGCCGUCGUUGA